UGAAUUCACAUUGAAUUGCAUCACCAAAUCAGUCAAGUCAGAAACUCAGAAAUCCAACCACGUUGUUUUCUGUUUGUAAGUUAGUUCUUUAGCUGUUUGUAAUUUCUGACCGAAAUUCAACUAAAAUUACCCAGCAUAAAGAUAAAGGAGAGUAGAACAGGACAAUAGUGCAAUAGAGAUCAAAGUGUGUGGGGACGAAAAAGAAGGAGUUUUGCCACCACAGUAAUUCAUUUCAAAUGCUUUUCAGUUGCACUACUCGAGCAAUAAAUUCAAUACUUCAACCUCUCUCGUCGCAUAAAUUCGCACUAUUUAAGCAAUCUUAUCAUCACGGGAUUAAGAUCGCAUUUCCUUAUAACGCGAUAAUGGAGAUUCGAAAGACACCUUUUCUCAUUGGUGUCGCAGGAGGCACGGCUAGUGGCAAGUCGACAGUGUGUCAGAAAAUUAUGGAAGCCCUUGGACAAGCGGAUGUGUUGGAUAGUCAGCGAAAAGUAGUUUGUAUCGCCCAAGACUCUUUCUACAAAGAACUUUCACCAGAAGAAGCAAAUAAGGCUGCCAAAGGACAAUACAACUUUGAUCAUCCCAACGCCCUGGACUUUGAUCUAAUGUUGCAAACACUGGAAUCUGUGUUGGAAGGGAAAGUGACUGAAGUUCCAAUCUACGACUACAUUCACAAUGCUAGAAAGGAAGGACAAUCAAUGAAAGUUUAUCCUGCGGAUGUCGUUCUCUUUGAAGGAAUAUUGGCUUUUUACUUUUCUCAAGUACGGAAUCUCUUCCACAUGAAGUUGUUUGUAGACACUGACCCCGACACUCGCCUUGCACGAAGAGUGACCCGAGACGUUGAAGAACGCGGCAGAGAUUUAGACACGGUGCUUACUCAAUACAUGAAAUUUGUAAAGCCUGCUUUUGAAGAAUUUUGCCUUCCUACAAAAAAAUUUGCCGAUGUGAUUAUUCCUCGCGGAGCAGACAACAUGGUUGCAAUUUCCCUCAUCGUACAACACAUUGCGGAAUUGCUAGCCGUCAAGAAACGAGAAGGCCUUCAGUCACCAACCAAUUUUGAAGUCGAGUCUUCCAACGGAACGCCAAUUUCUCUUGUCACUGAUAUUAAAGGACCACCUUCAAAACGCCGAGUGGGCAACGAAUAUUCCCGACCACACUAAUUCAACUAUUAUCAUUGCAUCGUUGUGCUUACUGCUUACUAUGCUGGAAAGUUUCUGAACUGAAUACCAAGGAACUGAACUAGUGACUAUUUAAUAAUUAAUAAUAUGUGAAUAAAUAGUCUUUUUUACUAGUUGCUAGUCUUGGUUUUGGCUUUACAAAUUGAAAUUCCAAUGCAACGUUAUCCUAGUAAUAAUUGAUUGAUAACCAUACUAAUUAGACCUUAUGUUACUGUAAAUUCAAAAUGUAUGAGUUGAUUGCACGAAAAAUUGAUUGAAAAGGCCUUAAAUUUCUAGUUUCUAAUUUAUAGCUUUAAAUGCCCAUGUUACAUUUUUAGUUUUUUGACAUUAUUUUUUGUAACAACAAUAAAUACUUGUUUUCCCGAUA